AUGUCGCUUAAAAUCAUACUGUUUCCAUCUUAUAUAGAAUGUUUAUUAAUCACCAUAUCUACUAAAAAUUUCAACACAACAAAGCCUCAAAGCGACAUAAAAAAUAUUGCGCAAACCGAUAUAAGCCAAGAAACAAUACUCGACUAUACAUUCGGAAAUAACACCAACGAUAUAGAGUUUCCGCUACUCGAAUCGGAUAGAUUGAAAGACAUAACCAGAACUGCUAUUGCACAACGUCGGUCCAAGACCAGAUGGGAGAUCUCCGAUGCAGCACCAAACGAGAAAUAUACAGCUAAAGCGUUAGAAUUGAUGCAACAACAUAUAUAUGCAACACGCUACCGAUUAGAAGAAACCAGAAAAUACAGGCUAAAAUAUCGAAAUGAUGCGGCGUACCAGACGGCGAUUUAUUACGGAGCUGUUCUAGAAAUACGAUAUAAACUCGAUAGACUAUACAAUACAAUGAAGAACUUCAAAGAUAAAACAAAAUUUAUAUGGUAUUUGGUAAUCUAUGAACGUAUUGUGCAGGCGCAUGUGGAUGUUGAUGAUAUGGUAGAACGAAUAUUUAGUUUAAGGAAAAAAUUCAAAGGUAAGCAUGAUGAAGAAGCGGAAGAUGACGAAUAUCAAGAAAUUGAGCCGGUCGGUGAACCAGAUAUUAGGAUUGUUGAGGAUCUUCCUCAUUGA